GAAAAAGAGUCGUGGAAUCCUUUCGAACCGCCGUCGCCGCUGCACCGGUGCUUCUUCCGUAAAUUCAUUCAUUCUCGUCCUCUCUCAUAUCGCAGAUCUCAAAUGGCUCAUGUGGCGCAAAGCCGAAACGUGAUUCGGCAUGUAGUAUCGAGAGGAACAGCUCUCCACAAAUACGAAAAUGCGAUCCAUCAUCCUCUCCUUCUCGCCUCUCAAGGAGUUCGAUACAGAAAACUGGAAGUCAUUCUCACAACGGGCAUAGAGAAGCUUGGGAAAGCAGGUGAGACGGUGAAGGUAGCGCCUGGAUACUUCAGGAAUCACCUUAUGCCUAAACUCCUUGCUGUCCCCAACAUUGACAAGUAUGCUCAUCUCAUCCGCGAGCAACGCAAGAUGCGUAACUAUGAAGAAAAGGAAGAGGUUAAGGUGGUUCAUAAGUCUUCCGAAGUCCAGACUAAAGAGUUUGAAAAGGCUGCUAAGCGCCUAGCCAAUGCCAACUUGGUAUUGAGGAAGUUAAUUGACAAGGAGAAGUUCAAAAACCGCUCCUCAAAAGAGGACAAACCGGAUGUGCAAACACCUGUGACAAAGGAAGAGAUAGUCUCUGAGGUGGCGAGGCAGCUCUGUGUGAAAAUUGAUCCGGACAAUGUGGUUCUUACUGAGCCAUUGACAACUUUUGGUGAAUAUGAGGUUCCUCUGAAAUUCCCCAAGACUAUUCCUUUGCCACCAGGAACUGUUCAAUGGAUUCUCAAAGUUAAAGUGCGUGGCCACUGAAAUCUUCUACCUUAGAAAACUCUCCUCUGACAGUUUUUCCUACUUCAGUCUGUUUCAUCAUGUAGCCCUGGAAUUUGCAGAAAAACAUUGUUCCUUCUUUUGUUCUUUUACAUGUAGUUGUGUAAACCGGUUGUAAUCCGGUUUAAUUUUAAACCAUGAUUCGAAAUUUGAAAGGAAAUUAAUAAGUUUUGAAUUA